CAAACAAGCAAUAUAUUCAACAACUUUAAUCUUUUCAUACAUCUUCAGAGCUUCAAAAGAAUUCAAACUUUCAGAAGAAAAAAAAAUAUAGAAAUGGCUUUGGUGAGAAGUCUAUUGGGUGCGAAGAAGAUUCUUGGCCUCUCCGUGGCAGCAGCUUCUACGAACAAAAGAUCAGCCUCUGCGGUGCCAAAAGGGUUUCUUGCAGUGUACGUAGGAGAGAGCCAGAAGAAGAGAUAUGUAGUGCCAGUCUCAUACUUGAGCCAGCCUUCAUUUCAAGCUCUGCUCAGUAAAUCCGAGGAAGAGUUUGGCUUCCAAUAUCCAAUGGGUUGCUUAACGAUCCUUUGUCCUGAAGAUACUUUCAUCAAUGUGACUUCUCGGCUUCAAUGAUGAUUUUCCCAACAUUUUCUUCUUCGAAUUAGAGAUAGAUUUAUUCAUUGUAAAUAGAUGAAUUUUUACUCUUUCUUCUUGAAAGAGUUUUUCGAAAAGGUUAAGAAUUGAACUUCG